ACCAUUGUUUUCCUCCUUCCUCUCUACUAUAUACUAUACUAUUCUCUCUUGUUGUGAUGUGUGCCUAACAUUCUUGAAAAAAAAAGUAUAACAACAUUCUCAAAAUCUCAACAAUUGUUUAAUCUUUUUGGUAAAAAAAGGGAAAAAACAGAGAAAUUAACAGCCCGUUUUUCAUGUUGGCACUACUCUCCAACUUUGUCUCCACCCCUUUUGAUAUCUCUGUAUAUAAUAUGAAAAAAAAAACCAUAGAUACAGUGACCCUUUAAUUUCCAACCCCUUGAUCUUGAUUCUUGAAUCUUGAUUAGGAAUUAGGAGCAAUGAAGAAUAGACAUACUAUUAAAGUUUCUGUAAAAUGGAUACCUAUUUUCUCAAUUGCUUUCUUCUUUAUUGGGAUGUUGUUCUCUAACAGAUGGUGGUCACCAACUGAAUCUGGGAGUCAGCUUAUAGCUCAGCAUAGAAGGGACCAAGAACUUCAAGUUGUUUCUGAGGAUUGUAAUUCGAAAAAGAAGAAACAAGGACAAGAUAAGGAUGUAAUGCAAGAGGUGUACAAAACCCAUGAAGCAAUUCAAUCAUUGGACAAGUCAAUUGCUACGCUUCAGAUGGAGUUGGCAGCCACUCGGAGCACACAGGAAAUGAAGGUGGCUGAUCAGUCUUCCAAUUCUUCUCAUUCCCAAAAUGGUCCUCCAAGGAAGAAAGUUUUUGUGGUAAUUGGGAUUAAUACUGCUUUUAGCAGUAGGAAGAGGCGAGAUUCGGUUAGAGAAACUUGGAUGCCUCAAGGGGACAAGCUUCUCAGAUUGGAGAAAGAGAAGGGAAUUGUAGUCCGCUUCAUGAUUGGUCACAGUGCAACAUCUAACAGCAUACUGGAUCGUGCCAUUGAUUCUGAAGAAGCUCAACAUAAAGACUUCCUCAGGCUGGAGCAUGUUGAAGGAUAUCACGAGCUCUCUGCCAAAACUAAGAUUUUCUUUUCUACUGCUGUUGCAAAAUGGGAUGCCGACUUCUACGUGAAGGUUGAUGAUGAUGUCCACGUCAAUUUGGGCAUGCUAGCUGCAACUCUAGCUCGUCAUCGGUCGAAGCCCAGAAUUUACAUUGGGUGUAUGAAAUCUGGACCUGUUCUUGCUCAAAAGACUGUAAAGUACCAUGAGCCAGAAUACUGGAAAUUUGGAGAAGAAGGAAACAAAUACUUCCGACAUGCAACUGGUCAGAUCUAUGCUAUCUCCAAGGACUUGGCCACGUACAUAUCAAUCAAUCAGCCUAUAUUGCACAAGUAUGCCAAUGAAGACGUGUCAUUAGGGGCUUGGUUUAUCGGUCUCGAAGUUGAGCACAUUGAUGAACGCACCAUGUGCUGUGGAACACCACCAGAUUGUGACUGGAAAGCUGAGGCAGGUAAUGUAUGUGUCGCCUCGUUUGACUGGAGCUGCAGUGGAAUUUGUAAAUCAGUAGAGAAGCUAAAAUAUGUCCACGAGAAGUGUGGUGAAGGGGAAGAAGCUCUUUGGAAUGCUCUCUUCUGAUUUGCUCGAGAAAUAAGAGAGUUAAGGAUUCCUGGUGAGACAUGGCUGUCGGACUAUUUCCAUCUGGCUGGCUGUUUUCGAUUGCCAAAAUUUUCCAAUCAGAACUUUUAGUCCAGCAGUUUGUUGUAGAUUAUGUCUCUGUCUAGAUAUACUGAUAUAGAUAUAUGGAUUUUGAAAGACAGUGGCUAUAAUUUUGCUAAUUCUUUUCAGCAUAUCAGGAGAAGAGGACCUUUUAGGUGUGUACUCACAUUCUUUGUGGUGGAGAUAAUGUAAUUUUGGUGGUGGUGAGGUUUAACUGUUA